UCAAAGUAUUUGUUAGGAUGUUUACGUAUAUUUGGCCUAUAAUAACCUGGCAGAUGUCUACAUUUAGCCUAGAUAAAACCAUUCAGAAAGGCAGCUGUCACCUGUCUCCCAUAUGAUUGGUUGUAAGCAUGUGAUGGUGUUCCUUCUAAGCUCCUCCCACAUGAGGUGACAGGAUUAGAGGAAUAAGCCUGAUUAGUUUUUAGCAGACGUGCAAAAUGUCUCUGGAGAGACGAACAAAAACGCAUGGAGUCUGACAUACUACUGUACGAGUUAAGGAGACGAUGGUUCUCUCCCUGGUGCUCUCAUUCUCAGAUCAACAUGUUCAACCUCAUGAGCAAUUGCUGUAGCUGGGUCUCCAAACUCCAGCAACCGCUGAGGAAGAUCACGGUUCUAGUAGUUGGCUUGGACAAAGCUGGAAAAACAUCUUGCGUCAGAGGGAUGUUGAGAGGUAAUUUAGUGCCCCCUGGAGAUGUAGGUCCCACUCAUGGAUGUGUCCGCACUGAAUUAAGGGUGGAGAACUACUUGGUUAACAUACUGGAUAUGGGAGGGGCUCCUGAGGUUCGGGGGUCCUGGAGAGAUCAUUACGGUGAAGCUCACGGCAUCAUCUUUGUGGUGGAUUCCAGUGACAGACAACGAAUAAAAGAGGUCAGAGAAGCUCUGGUGGACUUACUGAAGCAUCCAAGAGCAGCAGGAAAACCUCUUCUUGUGCUGGCAAAUAAACAGGACAAAAUGAAUGCUCUUCUGGGAAAUGAACUCAUUGAAAUUCUCUCCCUAGAGAGGCUGGUCAACCAGAGCCGUUCCCUUUGCCACAUUGAGCCAUGUUCUGCCUCAAUGGACCUGCGUCGCUGGUCAGACAGAAAGACCCUGCGAGGUCUCAGAUGGCUACUGCGAGCUGUGUGCCUGGACUACCCUGACCUCUGUGCCCGUGUGAUGAGAGAUGGGAAGCGACCAUUAGGGCCAGAAGAAAAAGAAAGGAGAGGAAAAACAGAGAAGAGCCGGAACAGGUCUAAAGAGGAAAAAACACGUACAAGUAAAACAGAUAUCCUCCAAGAACAGCACAAUGAAAUUUUGAGGAAAAAUGGGACUCUUCAUCCAAUCAAAAAUAUUCUAAAUAAGGAGAACUCUUUAAAAAAGAAAAUAAGCAAGAAGAAGAAGGUUAAAGUUAAGAAGGAGAGUCCAAGCAGAGGAGUAAAUGAACAAGAGGUUGAGAAGACAGAAGGAAAUGAAGCAGAACAGGACCACAUCAGCCAGAAAGAUAAAGCCAGCAGUGCAUUACUGCCUCCCAAACGAAGGAAAAUGAAACGCAAAGCCAAAAUAAAAGAGGAGAACUCUGGUCUACCAGAGUCCCCCAACAGCGAGGUCUCCAAACCCUCUAGCGGUAUUGAAACUUACAGAAAAGAGGAAAUAAAGAGAAAAAAGAAGACGGUUAAAGUAAAACGAAAGAACAAGAUAAACACAGAGGAAGUUCCAGCAGUUUAUGCACAGCCAGUUGAUCUUUCAGCUACUUUCGACCUUUACCGAAAAGCAAUUUUGGCUCUCAAAGCCCGACAGGAACAGGGUGUGGUUUCGGGAUAGUACGGAAAAAGGAUCUUGGAUGUAAUCACACAGAAUGAAGAUCUUUGAAGAAAUGGAUGACCUAUGAACAUGCUGACCCACUUAUUGAUGUCUUUUACCCGAACAGAAGUCUGCUACCAGUGUCUGCAAAUAGAAGUUCCUGUUUUGUAAUGGCUAGAACGUCAUCAUCAAUACUUUUACAAAGACUCGAGGCAAUGUUCAUAAAAAUAUGUAUACUUUGUAUUGUAUUAAGAGAUUGAGAAAGAAUUUAUACUAAAAAUGGGGCAUCCAUUCAAGAAGGUCUGUCCUGAAAACCAACUAGCUUUCUUAUCAAAAUGAGACUUUUGUAUUAUAACUUACUCACAUAACCUAAGACAGUAUAUGAUGAAUCAGUCUGAUAGAUAAACAGGAUGGUUUAUCAUAUUGCAUUCACUGUAUUUAUUUUUUAAUCUGAGAUGUGUACUUGAAAAAGAUUAUUCCUAAUCUUUUUUUUGUGUGUGUGUGUGUGUGUGUGUGUGUGUGUGUGAAAUUUCAUUUGUAUCUUUUUAAAAAG